CGAUUGGAAACGAUUUUAGUAUCGAUUGGAAUUUUGUGUUCCAGACGUCGCUUCUCUAAUAGAAUAGUUUUUUUUUUGGCGUUUAAAUAGCUCGGGGAGCUGACGCUGGAAAUGAAAAUUAGAGAUAGUUUUUGGAGAAGGAAAUUUUAAAGUUUAGAGUAGGCAGCGUAGAAUAGUAAGCGAUCAUGAGACGUUAGUUAGACCAUCAUGCACUUCAUUAUAUCCAUUCCGGCUGGAUAUGGACAGAAUGCAGAUCAAGAUAACAAACCAACCCCUCCUGAUACCAGUUGGAGGAAGGACAAGGGUGGGUUCGAGACUGGCCUCUACUUACUGCCCAAGCAUUUCGUCGGCAACUUAUGGGAUUCGAACCCAAAAGUUUUUCUUGCCGAUACCGGGAAUCUAACCCAGUACGCCUGGGUUACCAGACUCGCGCCAGCCCAUCCACUAGACCACAUCAACGCUUAUGUAGAUUCACUAAUAGAAUAGUUACACCAAAAUUUACCAUCAGCUGCUAUGACAAAAUCCACAUCUUUGAGUUGAUUUUUAAGCUUUUCGGGGUAAUCGUCAUAGUUGACCUUGAAAUCGAGCUCGGUGACUUCGACCUUACAGGCAACACUUUUCAGAUGCAGAUUACGAUUUACAUUCAAGCGUAUUAACUCUAGUAUGCCACCGACAUCGAUAUCUGUAAUAACAACGAUAAAAUAAAAAAAAAACAAUAACUUCUACUGUCAUGGAGUACAUAAGACCAAUUACCUGUACAUAGAACUUCCCUGGCGUACAUGCUGGCCACUAUACUGGUCAAUCCUACUCCGGAACCUAGUUCGAGGAUUUUUUUAUUCUUGAACUUUUUUUCAUUAUGCAAAAUAUAAUCUGCCAGAAGAAGUGCACCACGCCAUAUCUGUAAUCCGACCAGAUCCAGUUGAGUCGACUUUUGAUGUUCUGCCAACGAUAAUAACUUCAAUGUUUAAAUGUCUACAAUAUGUAAUUAUUUUCCAAGAUUGGUUAAAACACUAUAGCUAAAUGUGAACUCUUGUAAAAUUUUUCUUCUAAAUUAUCCGCUUACAAAUGAAUAUUUGCUUGUUUUUUACAAUUUUGAUAUCCGUACUUGUUUUGUAAUCGACUUCUAUUUUCUCUGUAUCUCAUAUAACCAUGGCUGGUAAAUGGUGGAUAAUGUGCAACACGAGACCCCAUAGUGGUCAUAUCACCUCUUAUUCACAACUCCUAUCUCUACCUCUCCGUGGUACCGGCUGGGAUGCGAGUAACCUAAGCGAAGAUCGGGUACCCAACCCCGGUGGAUGCUUUGGUCGCAUGCAGACUGAGAAGGUGGCCGCACGCGUCUGUUCUCCAGGUCAGGGGCGGCUCAAACAGCGUCUGUCUCGCAGCGAGCGGCUGAAUUUAUGAAAUGCGGCUCCCGCCAGCUAGGUCCAAGAUGGCAGCCCCAUCGCGGGAUAGGGACUUUAGGCUAACAACCUACUGUUCCCGACUUGAAAUUGUUACGGAAUCCGAAAGAAAUUACCGACCUGGAACUUUGGCGACGACUUUUAGCAUGAAAACACGGACACGAAUUGGAACUUGGAACGUUUUAACCCUUGCCCAACAAGGCAAACUGGAACAACUUGCUAGAGAGGCUAGCCGCCUCAAGCUUGAAAUUCUGGGACUGAGCGAAAUCCGUUGGCCUAAUACUGGAGAACACAAGACACAAUCCGGACAAGUCCUGCUUUACUCUGGCAUACGAGGAGAACAUGCUGCUCGGGAACGAGGAGUUGGUUUCCUGUUAAGCCCGCAGGCCUACGCGGCCCUCAUUAGAUGGGAACCAACAAACGAAAGAAUAAUCGUAACCAGAUUCAGAACACGGGUUAGAAACCUUGUCCAGUGUUAUGCGCCAACAAACGUUGCCGAUUUGCAGGAGAAAGAGCAGUUUUACAGUCAACUGAACAGCGUGGUAGAGAGAAUUCAAAAGGGUGACAUUCAAAUCCAUUUGGGCGACUUCAACGCAAAGAUUGGCUCCGACAAUCAAGACCUUGAGCGCAUCAUGGGGCGCCAUGGCCUAGGACAGAUGAGCGAAAACGGAGAGCUGUUUGUAGAAUUUUGUGGCAACAACAACAUGGUGAUCGGUGGAUCGCUCUUUCCCCAUCCCCCUUUAUCAUGACGAGCCAUGGUACUCUCGGUAAAGUGUGUGGAAAAGGAGUAAUGAUUGGAUGUCGGAUGAAACUUGGAGGAUGGUCGAUGAUCGGAGAAAGGCGAAAGUCGGAAUUGAGUUAAACGAGCUUGUAGACGAGACAAGAGAACCUGGACAAACUUCCUAGCCGGAGAGGGAGAAAGAGUCGCGGCCAAUGGAG